CGCCCUCCGCCCGCGGGGCCACGUGCAACUACAAGUCCCAUCACGCCCCGCAAGGCCUUGAUCCUCCGGUUUUUGCAGGGAAGGGAGUGGGGAGAACAUGGCUGAAAACAACCAGGGCAUCUCGACGGGCAGCGCGGUGUGCGGCGGGCAGGACCCGGUCCCCAGCAGCGGCGGCUGCAACUUUCCGGAGUACGAGCUUCCGGAGCUCAACACGCGUGCGUUCCAUGUGGGCGCCUUCGGGGAGCUGUGGCGGGGCCGGCUGCGCGGCCAAGGAGAUCUGUCGCUGCAGGAGCCGCCGGCAUCCGCGCUGCCUGGGCAAGGAGGGGUCGCCGACUCGGGCUGGGAGGACGCCGCCGUGGCCCGCGAUCUGGGCUGCAGCCUGGAGGCGGCGACCGAGCUGAGGGCAGUUUGCGGCCUUGAUAAACUGAAGUGCUUCCAGGAGGAGGACCCAGAAGUCAUCCCAGAGGAUACUGACCUAGUGACUUUGGGGAUUAGAAAGAGGCUUCUGGAACAUCGGGAAGAAACAAUUACGAUAGAUCGGGUCUGCAGACAAGAAACAUUUGCUUAUGAGAUGGAAUCACAUGCCAUAGGAAAAAAGCCCGAAAAUCCAGCAGACAUGAUUGAAGAAGGGGAGCUUAUCCUAUCUGUGAAUAUCUUGUACCCUGUAAUAUUUCAUAAGCACAAAGAACACAAACCAUACCAGACGAUGCUGGUACUGGGCAGUCAAAAGCUCACAGAACUCAGGGAUUCAAUUUGCUGUGUCAGUGACCUCCAGAUUGGUGGGGAAUUCAGCAAUACUCCUGACCAAGCCCCUGAGCACAUCAGCAAAGACUUAUACAAAUCAGCCUUCUUUUAUUUUGAAGGAACAUUUUACAAUGAUAGAAGAUACCCUGAGUGCAGAGAUUUGAGCAGAACUAUCAUUGAGUGGUCAGAGGCCCAUGAUAGAGGCUAUGGAAAGUUUCAGACUGCGAAAAUGGAGGAGUUCACCUUCAAUGACUUACGUAUUAAACUGGGGUUUCCCUACUUAUACUGUCACCAGGGAGACUGUGAACACGUUCUUGUCAUUACUGACAUAAGGCUUGUGCAUCGUGAUGACUGCUUGGAUAGGACACUUUAUCCCCUUCUUAUCAAGAAGCAUUGGCUAUGGACCAGAAAGUGUUUUGUUUGUAAAAUGUACACAGCCAGAUGGGUGACGAACAAUGACAGUUUUGCACCAGACGACCCAUGUUUCUUUUGUGAUGUUUGCUUCCGAAUGCUCCACUAUGAUUCAGAAGGCAACAAACUGGGGGAAUUCCUUGCUUAUCCUUAUGUUGAUCCUGGAACCUUUAAUUAAUAACCAACAAAAAGUGUAUACUCAUAGGAACAUGAUCAACCUGAAACAAUCAGCUAAAGUUACCCCAUCCCCCCCAAAAAAGUUCAAAGUACAGAUUUUCUUAUAAAGGAACUUGGUUGUAUUUAAAUGCUUAAAAAUAUUUUUUAAUAUUUAUUACAAAGUAGUUUUUAUUCAGUGUUUUUUGCCCAUUUUAAGUGUUUAUC